AUGCGAAUCCUCGCGCUGGCGAGCAUACUGCCCCGCGCUGAGAACAUAAAGAGCAGUGUUACACCUUUUUUUCACUUGUGCCUUUCAGGUGAACGACAGCCACUGACCGACAAGAACAAAACCGACCCGGGAAACUUGGGCAAAAGCCUCGAUCCUGUGUUUCAAUCCAUGAAUAUCGAAACCAUCAACCCUAGUCUAACUAAUGUUAGCUCUCCAAAACCCCGAUUUACCCGAACUACUCCGACUCACUUGCGUCAAACCAGUAAUACACAACCGAAUCUUCUAUCGGAAACUGUCCUGGCACAGGAACAACAGCGGCCCACACUGUCCGCAUCUCGAACAGACAGUUACGAUAGUGCCAGUCUCACUCGGACUACGAACAAUAUGCGCGCGUGUUCCCUGGAAAGCUUUCCCGCAAUCCCAUGUCUGACCACAACGAUGAAAAAGUCAAUGGUGGUGCGCGCAUUGUUUGAUUAUGAUCCCUAUACGGAUACUGGGUUGCCUGGUCGGGGAUUGGCAUUCCAACAUGGCGAUAUACUGUACGUUGUGAAUGCGAACGAUCAGGAGUGGUGGCAAGCCAGGCGAUUGAUGCUUCUUUAUCAAGGAACUGCCAGUUCUGCGAACCCUAGAUCCUGUGAUAGUCUGUCGGCUACAAGUACGCUUACAACUCGCAGUCCAUUGGGAAUUAUUCCGAGUUGUCAACGUAUUGAACGACGUCAAAGGGCACGAUUAAAGCGUGUGAAUUUCUUCUCCAAAGUCACUGUAAUCGGUUCCAAUCAUGUUGCAACGAACCCCACCGCCGUCCCGCCUCCUAGUCGGUCAGCAGCCCCGACCACAGCAACAACUGUGACGACUAACAAUCGUUUUCGUACGGACUCAGAAACUUCCCCAUCCCCGUCUCCUCUUACGAAUGGCCAGAAUGGUGAAUCUUUUCUUGGACACGUGUCUACUUUGGAUCGGCAUGGAAAACACUCAAUAUCGAAUGAUAUGGAAAAGAAAACCCGAUCAAGUAGCUUGACACCGGGAUGGUUUAAACGCUUUUCGAAUAGACAUCGGUCCAAGGGAGACACCUUUCCUCCUUUAGGUCUCCCCAAUCCAGCGGAUGCUGCCUACGAAGAUGACGAACUGGGAUCCAUUCGCAGCUAUGAGACUGUGAUUCCCCUCACCAUCCACAUGGCACGUCCAUUACUGAUAUUUGGCCCGCUAAAAGAGCGCGUGAUCGAUGCGCUUCUUCAAGAUCCAAAAUAUGCUACAUGUGUUCCUCACACGACCCGACCGCCUCGGACAGGUGAACGCGAUGGGGUGGAUUAUUACUUCGUGAAGGAUCGUGCACAAAUGGAAGAAGAUAUCAAAACAGACCGAUUUGUCGAGGUCGGUCAAUUUCAGGAUCAAUACUAUGCUACGAGUGUGGAUUCGGUCCGUCGGACAUUACAAGCCGGACGAGUUUGCGUCUUGGACGUCAGCCUGCCAGCUAUCCGGCGCCUCGAGCUGGCAGGAUUUCAUCCGAUCUCUAUCCUCCUUCAACCAUUAUCUGCGAUGCAUUUGCGAGCGAUCCAGCGCCGACUAACCGAGGAGCAAGCCAAGCGGAGUGUGGAUAUGGCACAACGACUUGAAGCUGACAACUGGCGGUUGUUUUCAACCAUAAUUACAUACGAUUCCAUCGAGACUGCCGUUAGUGGUGUGAAACGCUUCGUGCAACUCAACGGCGGUCCGGUUAUAUGGGUCCCCUCUAGUUCGGCAACCAAUUCAAAUGACGAACCUUCCAUCGCCGGAUCGCAGAGCAGCACUCUUCCACGCGGGCUACAUGGCCCCGUAUCACCUAGUUGAUUAGUUGUCAUCCGACAUUCAUCUUCUCUCGACCUUAUCUCAUUCAUGCCUGGUUCGCUUCUUGCCUUUUACCGCAACUUCUUGCCUUGUCUUCGCUAGACUUCACCAGACUGCUGAUAUUCGUUUUUUGCUACUACUAUUACUACUGUUCCCCUUUUUCCUGACUUUACUAUCCUUCUUUGUCCCUAUUUUACGGUACCGCUUGUGACGCGUUUCAAAACUGUACAGAGUCUAUAUUUCCUCAUUACUGGGAAAAAGCAAAACGAAGUGAAACGUCGGUUCUUUUUAAAAUUUAUUUAGCUAUCUUCCCCCCCGGCCCCACACUGUCUGGAUGCUUUAGGCCCACGGAAAAUACGCGUAAACUCGUCGUCACUGUUUUAUCUAAUCAUUUUCACACGGCUUUCAACCACACUUCAGUUUGUACACAUUCCCAUUUUGCCGUGUCCUAUUCCCCCACUGCAACAUAUCAGUCUGUGCUUGUCACCGACCCACUGUUUACCCUCCGGUCUCAUUUUCUUCAUUUAGUUUCUCUUUUUUUUUGCUGGCUUACUGUUUGUGAACAUAUGCACACACACGCACACAUUGAACACGUUUUCGCGUUAUUCAACAUCGUGUCCGAUAAAACCAGACUCAGUUCUUUUCCGCAUUCUCAUGAGCAUAUGACAGAACUUCGACUAAUGCUGUUAGCUUUGUAACGCUCUGUUCUUGGUCACCUUGUAUCUAUCGAAAAU